GUAGUUCCCAGAUGGCUCUCCAGGCCAGUGCAUAAAUGGACAGGGCAGGAAUAUUGAAUGUAGCCCUGGAUCUGACUAGGGAAUCAAUCCACCUGAUUCCUAAAGACCCUAACUUAUUUCACGACGCUGAGAUGUAAAACAAGAUAUUCAUUUCACUCCAGAUCCCACUAAUAAGUGAUCACGCCCAUCUUUAUUAUAAAGAAGAAAAAAGAAGAAAAAAAUCCAAGAAAGCUGCUCCUGGGACCAUCAUUCCUGUUUACCUGCCGCACCCCAGGGCUCAAGAUCUGGAAGCUCCUCUCUUCAGCAUCCCUGGAAUUCUAAGGUUUGUCGCGGGACAGGGGAAGCCAGAGAGGCAGCAAGCGGUCCCGAUUUCCCGUGGAGCAAGCCAGCAGCACAGGUGAUGAGUAGAGUCUAGCAAGGCCCAGGACACUCGGGCAUCUGUCUGUCCCUCUCGGGUCAAAGCCCCAUCGGCCCGGUCAUCCGCUCCUGCCCCUAGUGCCUGCUCAAACUCUUCUGGAGGGCCACGACUGGUGAAGGCAAAGGCCUUGAACUUGAAUCACCCUGGGGCCCUCGUGGCUCUCCGUGGACCACCUGUAAGAGAAAGCUGGUAAUUCUACACAGGCCAAGAAGAAGAGAGCUCCCUAGUAGCAGUAGCAGAUUUUUCUCCAGCCCUCUGGGGAUCCAGACUCGGAUCACCAUUGGUUCUCUGGACAGCCCACACAGCAGUGGUCACUGCGGUGACCGCCACCAUGGCAGACCCACGUCAAGACAAUAUCCCCACUCCCUUCUUCCCCAAAGUCAUCAGGGCCAACUCACUUCAGAGGGACAGGAGGUCCCUCUUCCAGCUCAUUAGUGUUCUAGAUUCCCCCUCAAGGUCCAGGGACUUCUACCACUCUUGUCAAUCAUGGCAAACACUUGGAAAUACGAAGUUCUCAAGGAAUCACAUGAAGACAAUGAGUAGAGGUGGGAUCACCAGGGUCCAGGAGAGCCACAUUGAAGUGCCUGCCCGCCCCCAGCCCGUACAAGAAGCCAUUUGCCGAGGGCCCAAAUCUCCCUGCAGAUUUCCAUUUAGCAUCCUCUUCUCCACAUUCCUAUACUGCGGCGAGGCGGCAUCCGCCCUGUACAUGGCCAGAGUCUAUCAAAAGAACAAUGAUUUUUACUGGAUGACUUACACCAUUAUCUUCUUCCUGGUCGCCUCCAUCAUGGACCAGUUGACCCUCAUUUUCGUCCACAGGGAUCUGGCCAAAGAUAAACCUCUCUUGCUGUUUAUGCAUCUCAUCCUCAUGGGACCGCUCAUCAGAUGUCUGGAGGCUUUGAUUAAGUAUUUUGAAGUAUGGCAGAAGGCCGAGGAGGAGGAGCCCUAUGUCAGCCUUACUCGAAAAAAGAUGUUUCAAAAUGGCCAGGAAGUGCUGCUUGAAUGGGAGGUGGGCCACUCCGUCCGAGCCCUGACGAUGCACCGGAACGCCUAUAAACGCAUGACCCAGAUCCAGGCUUUCUUGGGCUCGGUGCCCCAGCUGACCUACCAGCUCUACGUUUCCUUGAUCUCCCCUGAGAUACCCUUAGGGAGAGUGUUGUUGAUAGCUUUUGCCCUGAUCUCUGUCACCUAUGGAGCUACCCUCUGCAACAUGCUGGCCAUCCAGAUCAAGUAUGAUGACUACAAGGUCCCUUUUCAUGCCCCGGAGAUCAUUUGUGUCACCAUCUGGCGCAGCCUGGAGAUCACCUCCCGCCUGAUAAUUCUGGUACUUUUCGCGGCCACUUUGAGACUGAAAGCAUUGCCUUUCUUUCUGAUUAAUUUUGUGAUCAUUCUCUUGGAGCCAUGGGUCAGAUUCUGGAAGAGCGGUGCUCAGAUGCCCAACAAUAUCGAGAAGAACUUUAGCCGUGUGGGCACCUUGGUGGUGCUCGUCUCCAUCACCGUGCUCUACUCAGCCAUCAACUUCUCCUGCUGGCCAGCCAUGCAGUUAAGGUUGGCAGACCGGGAUCUGGUAGAAAAGACUCAGAACUGGAGCCACAUGGCUUUGCACUACACACUGAGGCUGCUGGAGAACAUCGCCAUGGUGCUAGUAUUCCGCUUUCUGGGGGCCAAGGUCUUGAUGAAUUACUGCCACACCUUCAUCUGCGUUCAGCUCAUUGUGACCUACUUGAUCUCUAUUACCUUCAUGCUCCUCUUCUAUCAGUACCUGCACCCCCUGCGCUCACUUUUUUCCCACAACAUAGCCGAUUACCUGCACUGUGUCUGCUGCCCCUGGUCUUCUCGGGUCAGCUCAGAGAAUGUAGAGUCCGCCCCUGAAACACAGUUGAAUCGAGGUGUUGUCUAAGGUUUCCCCCAUUGGGUCUUUUUCUGAGGGGGCGGGAGGUGGGGGGGAAUAUAGCUGACAGGAGAUGCAUCACUGAAAGUAUGAGGAUGAUGGCUGAGCACAUAGAAAAGCAGUCACGUGACUUUGAGAUGGCUGGCAAGACUGAGAUAAUUGGGGAGGAGUCAAGCUGGGAGGAGCUCCCAAUUCACAGGGUCCAGACCACAGAAGAAGGACCAUACUGGGCUCUCAUUCACACACAUGCCCCUACAUAUCCCCACACCCACAUACAUGCUACUGGGAGCCAUCUGGAAGCUCCCAGCACAGAUGGGAUAGCUACACUUCCAGAGCUGAGCUUCUAGGCUGUGUUUUGGUGACCAGUGAGGGCCCAUCAUUAGCAAAAACCUAUAAGGAAUCUAGAGCUCACAAGCUUCAGGAGAAGGGAUCCAGACCAUCAGAUUUUUUUCUUAGUAGUCCAGGGGAGUCAUGUGUCCCCGUCCCCUAGUUUGACCUGUGGCCCUUCAGACUUAAGCUUCACCAUACCCUUCAUCGGGCUUUCAUAUAUGGGCCAUCAGGGGCAUAGGAGUGGAGAAAAUGAUUUUCUCAGGUUUCCUUAUUCCCCCCCACACACUCUACCAUUUGGGCACCUCAUCAUCAUUAAUCCCUCUCUCACGACCCAGCUGUUCUCUUAGUGUUUGAUUACAAAUUAUUUCAAAAAUGCCAA